AUGCCGUUAUGUGUUCCUCUUCUUCAAAAUGUGUUGGCAUGGUACGGUGAUGAAUUAUCGAUAUCACUCGCACUCUUAUCAACCUCGCCAUCUGUUCGUUUCUUCUGCGAGCGACACGCGGAACCACCGCUGCGGAUACUGGCGGGAACAUGGACCGUGCAAUGCAGAACUGACGGGCCCCGCUUUAUUACGCACAACGUAGGUAUAAAGGUUGCGGACGCCCUCGGUGCGGAUGUCUUUUCGUCUAUGGCGUGGUGGUGUAACCGGAUCGUUACCAGCAGUAGCGGUCGGGGCCGGGAGCCGGUUCAGUUACAUCUCAACCUCAACGGUGCACGGUGCUCCGUAGAACAGGUGCUGCAAGGGGCGUUGGCUUUCCGAACCCUUGUGGAGUUGUCCCUUCGCCGAGUGUCAAUAAAAGAUGUCAACGUGCUUGGAAAAAUGCCAUCGCUGCAGAAGCUAGAUUUGGUGGAAGCAAGUGUCGCCGACAGUGGCAUUGUUGGCCUCGGUGAUAGUAACAGUUUGGUGAGCAUUAACUUAUGGGGAUGUGAAGACAUUGCCGAUGUGAGUGUGCUUGGUAAGAUACCAACUUUACGUGAGCUUGUAGUCGCUGAGACAAAAGUCACAGAUUGUGGCACCGCAGGUCUUGUGGAUUGUGUGAACCUCCGCGAGUUAAAUAUGGAGGCGUGCCCCUCCAUUACAUGCGUGGGGGCCGUGUCAGAGCUUCCAGUCCUCCAGCGGCUGUUGCUUGUAACAACAGCAGUCACUAGCGCUGGUAUCGCAAGUCUGGGAAAUAGCCGGAGUUUAGUGGAAAUUGACCUGUGGGGUUGCCGCGGUGUGGACAGUGUAAAUACUCUGGGGAAAAUACCAACACUGCGACGCCUUGAUCUCUUCGGUACAUCUGUGACAAAUGAAGGAAUCAUUGAACUGGGGUGCAGUCAAAGUCUUGAAGAGGUUGAUCUCACUUUCUGCGAAGCCAUCAGUGACGUGGGAACCUUGGUCGCCGUACCGACUCUGCAGCGGCUGAUACUCUUGCAUACGUCUGUGGAAGAAGGGGCAUGCAGACAGUUUAGUAAGCGGGUUUCCAUUGCAAUUUAA